GGCCCGAGGGGAGGAGAAAGGAACUGCCCCGAGAGGGAGCCGGGAGCCCGGGAAGGGGAGGGAAGGGGGGCCGCGCGCGCGGGGGCUGAGCCCGAAGGCCACGCGCGACCCCUCGGAGCCUUCGCAGCCCCCUCAGUGUUCCCCCCCCGACCCUCCUCCAGGCGAGUCCACGGGACCCUGGCCCCUGCUCCUCCUUCGCCUUCUCUUUGCUGCUGCUUUUGCUUUGUGGCCUUUCUCUCCGUCCCGAGAGACACCCGGGAGCUGCCCCGAGCUCCGGGGCGCGCCGAGGGGCCCUGCCGAGGGUGCGCGUGAGCGGGCCGCGGGGUGGCGGCGCGCAGGGGGGCCCCGCGGAGGCGUGGGAAGGCCGUCCCGCCCCUUCGGGCCGAGCCCGCGUGCGGGGAGCGAGGUUCCGUCGCGGCGCCCCACGAGCCCCGGGCGUGCUGAGGGCGAGUGUGCGUGAGUGUGAGCCCGCCUCGCCGCCGGGCGUGCGAGUGUCUGGGCCGAGCGCUGGCACUCGGGCGACGCAGCCCAACCGCCACGCUCUCGGAGGCCUCCGGCGCCAGCCUGCCUCCUGGCGCCAACUUGGGCGAGUUUGAAGAGGGGCGAACGUCUCGGUGCUCGCUCGCCCCACCCCCUCGCAGCUGGGCCGCCGCAGGGCCCCGGGCCGCCCGGCCACAGCCCUGGGAGCACCGCUCUCCGCCGCGGCCCCCGGCUGGGGAGGGUUGGCGCCUGAACUCGCCCGUCCAGCCCAACCGCCCCGGCGGCUUCUCCCAGCCCUCGGGGCCGUCCUGAGCGGCUGGCGAGGCGUCGAGCGCGGCCCCAGCUCCCGCCUCCUCGCCUGCCCCGGCCCUGGGAGGGAGCUUUCGGCCCAUGCGGACCCGGGGUCCCCCCGCGGCCUAGGCCAGGCAGCUCCAGGGGCCCAGCCAACCCCGUGGCCCCCGGGACGGCACGGAGCGCACGCCCUUGGAUGAGGUCCCGCAGCGACGCCCCGGCCCGGCCCGCCCCGCUCCUCCUCCUGCCCAGCCAAGCUGCCUCCCAUUUGGGGAGUUUUGUGGGUUUUCUUUCUCCUCCUCCAACCUCCGCGGAGGCCACGACUCAGGCGCCGCAGCCGGGGGCCGCCUCCAUGGUGCGGGGCGACCGCUGCUGAAGUCAGCGAAAGCGAGCCUGGCCUGGAGCGGGCCGCGCGGGAGGCCAAGGCCAUGGCCAUAGCCACGUCGGCCCAGCUGGCCCGGGCACUCUACGACAACACCGCUGAGUCCCCCCAGGAGCUGUCCUUCCGCCGAGGGGACGUUCUACGGGUACUGCAGAGGGAGGGCGCCGGUGGGCUGGACGGCUGGUGCCUCUGCUCUCUACAUGGCCAGCAGGGCAUUGUGCCCGCCAACAGAGUGAAGCUCCUUCCUGCUGGCCCGGCACCCCAGCCCAGUGUCACCCAGGUGCCCCCAGCCCAGCCUGGCUCACCACAUCCAGCCCCAGAGCACAGCAAUGAGGACCAGGAGGUAUAUGUGGUGCCACCCCCAGCUCGGCCCUGUCCUACCUUAGGACCUCCAGCUGGACCCUGCCCGCCCUCCCCUGAUCCCAUCUACAAGGUCCCCAGAGGGAGUGGGGCCCAGCUGGCUGCCCCUGGAGACACCGUGGAGGUCUACGACGUGCCCCCCACUGCCGUCCGAGUUCCCUCCAGUGGACCCUAUGACUCCCCUGCCUCCUGCACCCGCCCUCUGGCCCGGGUUGCCCCACAACCCCCUGGAGAGGAUGAAGCUCCCUAUGAUGUGCCUUUGACCCCAAAGCUACCGUCAGACCUGGAACCGGAUCUUGAGUGGGAGGGAGGCCGGGAACCCGAGCCCCCCCUCUAUGCUGCCCCCUCCAACUUGAAACGGGCCUCAGCCCUGCUCAAUCUAUACGAAGCGCCGGAGGAACUGCUAGCAGAUGGGGAAGGUGGAGGCACCGAUGAGGGCAUUUACGAUGUGCCCCUGCUGGGGCCAGAGGCACCCCCUUCUCCAGAGCCCCCAGGAGCCUCAGCCUCCAAUGACCUGGACACCUUGGCCCUGCUUCUGGCCAGAAGCCCCCCACUCCCACACAGGCCCCGCUUGCCCUCAGCGGAGAGCCUGUCCCGCCGCCCUCUGCCUGCUCUGCCUGUCCCUGAGGCCCCCAGCCCUUCCCCUGCUCCCUCUCCUGCUCCAGGCCGGAAAGGCAGUAUCCAGGAUCGACCUCUACCCCCACCCCCACCUCGCCUGCCUGGCUAUGGGGGCCCCAAGGUUGAGGGGGACCAAGAGGGUGAGGAGGUAGAGGACGAUCCAACAGGACACCACAAUGAGUAUGAGGGCAUCCCGAUGGCUGAGGAGUACGAUUAUGUCCACCUGAAGGGCAUGGAUAAAGCUCAGGGAUCUAGGUCCCUGGAUAAAGCCUUCCCAGGGGAUCCUGAACUGCCGGAGAGGGGGUCACCGGAGCAGCAGGAGGCCCCAUCCCCAGGGGAGCCGCUGGAUCUGCCCACCGGAGACCUACAGCUCCUGCACUUCUACGCAGGCCAGUGCCAGAGCCACUACUCAGCACUGCAGGCGGCCGUGGCGGCCCUCAUGUCCAGCACCCAGGCCAAGCAGCCCCCACGCCUCUUCGUGCCCCAUGGCAAGCGGGUGGUGGUGGCCGCUCACCGCCUGGUGUUUGUUGGGGACACUCUGGGUCGGCUGGCGGCGUCCGCCCCUCUGCGAGCGCGGGUCGGGGCUGCAGGUACAGCGCUGGGCCAGGCACUGCGGGCCACGGUGCUGGCUGUCAAGGGGGCUGCCCUGGGCUACCCGUCCCACCCUGCGGCCCGAGAGAUGGCGCAGCGUGUGGCGGAGUUGGCAGGGCAGGCCUUGCAGUUCACCUCUCUGCUCUCCAGCCUGGCCCCCUGAGGGCCCCCUCGGGGCCCUGCUCCGCCCCUCUCCUGCCUGCCGAAGCUCCCUUUUGGGCCUUGGGCGGCCAGAGGGCUCCAUUUUAGGGACCGGGAGAGGUGGGGGCGUCUUUCCCCUUCCGGUCAUCUCAGUCUCUCACAGAGAUGUCCCUCCCCCUCCCGCAGCUUUUUGUACGAGCCAUUUUGUAUAAAUUAUUUAUAUUUAAUAUUAUUCCCUGUUUUGUCAGAGGCAGGUGCCAGGCCCUUUGGGGCAGGGAGGAACUGGACUCGUUUCUCUCAGCCUAGGGUGGAGGUUCUUGGUCACUGCACUGCCCCCCACCUCUGGAAAUGGCCCCACAGAGAAGCAGGUGGCUGAAGCCUGGGGCCACCCGGAGCCCCUUUCUUGUCCUGGUUCUUGGCUCUAGAACAUCAGCACCUCACUGUUGGUCGAGAGUGAGGGCAGGACAUUGACCGCCCAAAAUGUGGAGAUCUGGGAGAGGCCCGACGGCUCCUCCCCACGGGAGGCAGGACAGAGCUGGGCCUCAGUAAGCCCUGCUGUCUGGUUCUCUGCCUCUGCUUCUUGGGUGCUUGGGGGAGGAGCUGGGCCUGGUGGCCCUUGGCCAAACCGACAGGACACACAUGUGGGCAGGAUGUCCUUAGGUUUGGGGGGAGAUUUUGCUGUUAUUUUCAGUAACUAUUCAUUCGGCGGGUUUCAGCUCCCAAGAUGUGCCAAGCACAGUUCUGAAGGUACACUGUGGGAUGGACAUAAUUGCGUCAGUUAAAAUAAGUAAAUAAAAAAAAAAUACCUGCCACAGAUUCAACAGUUGCUGGUAAUGGAAAUAAACAGGGUGAUGUGAGGGACUAACUGGAUGAGGGAAAGGCCAUUGAAGGAGACUUUGGACAGGAUGAUGGGGAGGUGAUAUCUAAGCUGAGGCCCCAGGGAUGAGAGCACCAAGAAGAGUCUGAGAACUAGCAUUCCCAGAAGGCAGACAGAUUACUGACUGGGUGGGGGCCUUUCCUUCAAGACUUCACUGUCACACAAUGUCAUUAGAGAGGUGCACAUGUGGAGAGAGGUUGGCCUCACGUGAGCCUUGAAAGAUGCCAUGCUGAAGAGAUCACCCCAGUGAAGGCCUAUCCUCAGCUUGGCGCCACAGGACAGCUCUGGCCAACUGGACAGUGCUGCUGGCUGGCCUGGGUGCCCUCUCCCUUAGGUUAACGCAAGAAGGUCUGGCCCCUUCAGCCUCCCUUCCCAGGCCUCCUGCUGACCAUCCUUCUAGACCCACCUUUUAGAGGAGCCAAGGAGCCAAGUGAAUGCAAUGUGCUGUUAGUCCAUAGUCCUUAAGCACUGGUGAAAUUGACAAGCCAUGACUUAGAUGGGAGAUCACUCUAGCCACUUACCACAGGGAA